AUGACUGCCGAUAUACCCCUGGUCAACGGUACAUCGCAGUGUACUGUUACCGCUCACUCGCCAAAAAGCUACCAAACAUGUAUUGAGUUUUAUUCCCAAUUUUUGCACUUGGAACCCGAGAGCGUGAACGCUCAGUCCACAGUUUUGCGCAACUCAAGCAUAAGUGUGUCCAUUGUGCUUCGCGAAGACGCCAACAAACAGGCAGAAAGUGAUGCCCGGAUAAAGAAGCUCGCCAGUGAACGCGACACCUGUGACUGGAGAUCCCAGGUUUCAGAUUCUUUUGUUUUCAAGUCUGCAGAUGCAGCAAGCUGCAGAGCUUCUUUGGACGCAAAAUUCGACAACGUACAGGCCUAUCCUACGGAUCUUUUCCCAAUGGAGGUGUACGCUGUGGACCCAGCCGGUAACGUGGUAGGUGUUACCAAAACUAAAAAUGCCGUUAGCGCAAGACCCACCGCGCCCCCAUUGUCUGCAGGCACUUUCACAUCCAACCUACCCUCUUCUGCUCAGUCAACUGUCGGACUAGACUCCACCGACGAGAAAUCAAUCUCUCUUUCCACCGGCGUAACGGGCGGCGACGCCGAUUCCGCGUUGAAGCAGAAGGCCAUCGCUGUCAUGACCUCUGGUGGUGAUGCUCCAGGUAUGAACGCCAAUGUGCGCGCUAUCGUGCGUACUGCUAUCGCCAAAGGAUGCCGUGCUUACGUCGUCAUGGAAGGUUAUGAAGGUCUAGUCCGCGGAGGUCCUGAGUACAUCAAGCAAUUCUCGUGGGAAGAUGUCCGUGGCUGGUCAAGCGAAGGUGGUACCAACAUCGGUACCGCUCGUUGUAUGGAAUUCAGAGAGCGUCCCGGAAGAUUGCUAGGUGCCUUGCAUUUGAUCGAAGCCGGCGUUGACGCUUUGAUUGUUUGCGGUGGUGAUGGGUCUUUGACUGGUGCUGACUUGUUUAGAUCCGAAUGGCCUUCGCUCUUGCAAGAGUUGAAGGGUACCGGCAAGAUAACUGCUGAAGUUUUCGCCAGAUAUAAGCACUUGAACAUCUGUGGUACAGUUGGUUCUAUCGAUAACGAUAUGUCCACCACGGAUGCCACUAUUGGUGCUUACUCCUCUUUGGACAGAAUUUGCAGAGCCAUUGACUACAUCGAGGCAACCGCCAAGUCGCACUCCAGAGCCUUCGUUGUUGAGGUUAUGGGUAGAAACUGUGGUUGGCUAGCAUUGAUGGCCGGUAUUGCCACUUCAGCCGAUUAUAUUUUGAUCCCUGAGAAGCCUGCCUCGUCUCGUGAAUGGCAAGAUCAGAUGUGCGACAUUGUUGGAAAGCACAGAUCAAGAGGUAAGAGAACAACCAUUGUGAUUGUGGCUGAGGGUGCAAUCGCCAAUGACCUAACACCAAUUACUCCAAACGAUGUUCACAAGGUUUUGUGCGAUAGAUUGAAACUUGACACCAGAGUCACCACUCUGGGCCACGUCCAAAGAGGUGGUACUGCUGUUGCAUUCGACCGUAUCUUGGCUACUUUACAAGGUGUUGAAGCUGUCAACGCAGUUCUCGAAACCACUCCAGAUACGCCUUCUCCUUUGAUUGCUAUCAACGAAAACAAAAUCACUCGUAAGUCGUUGGUCGAAUCGGUGAAGCUAACAAAAUCUGUGGCCGAGGCUAUCCAAGCCAAAGAUUUCAAAAAAGCCAUGAGUUUGAGAGACACAGAAUUUGUGGAACAUUUGAACAACUUCAUGGCCGUCAACUCUGCUGAUCACAAUCCACCAAAACUACCACAAGACAAAAGAUUAAAGAUUGCCAUUGUGAACGUUGGUGCCCCUGCAGGUGGUACGAAUUCGGCCGUUUACUCUAUGGCCACAUACUGUAUGUCGCAAGGACACAGACCAUAUGCCAUUUACAACGGUUGGUCUGGAUUGGCCAGACACGAAAGUGUUCGUACUUUGGACUGGAAAUCCAUGCUAGGCUGGCAAAGUCUCGGUGGUUCCGAGAUUGGUACCAACAGAUGCACGCCUGAAGAGGCAGACAUAGGUAUGGUGGCUUACUACUUCCAAAAGUACAAGUUCGACGGUCUUAUCAUUGUUGGUGGUUUUGAAGCCUUUGUCUCAUUGCACCAGCUAGAAAGAGCCAGAGCCAACUUCCCUGCCUUCAGAAUCCCAAUGGUGUUGAUGCCAGCAACACUGUCGAACAACGUUCCAGGUACCGAAUACUCUCUAGGUACCGACACUGCUUUGAAUGCAUUGAUGGACUACUGUGAUGUCAUCAAGCAAUCCGCAGCUUCGACCAGAGGCAGAGCAUUUGUUGUGGACGUUCAAGGUGGUAACUCUGGGUUCCUUGCAACCAAUGCUUCGCUAGCGGUGGGUGCUCAGGUUUCGUAUGUUCCCGAAGAAGGAAUCUCACUAGAACAAUUGUCGCAGGACAUCGAAACUCUUGCCGAGUCUUUUGAGACCGCUCAAGGCAGAGGCAGAUUCGGUAAACUGAUUUUGAAGUCUAAGAACGCGUCCAAGGUGUUCACUCCAGAAGUUCUUGCUGAAGUGAUCACCGCAGAGGCCAAGGGCGCCUUCAAUGCCAAGUCUGCUGAACCGGGUCACGUUCAACAAGGUGGCUUGCCCUCUCCUAUCGACAGAACCAGAGCCACAAGACUUGCUGUCAAGGCUGUGGGCUUUAUCGAGGAUCACCAGGCGGACAUCUGCAGCGCCCGUGCGGACGAUGAGGAGUUCGACCCAGACAACAGAACUGUUUCCGUCACUGCCACUGUGCUCGGUAUUAAAGGCUCUGACAUUGUGUUUUCUCCAAUCAGACAGCUUUACGAUUUCGAGACAGAAAUUGUCAAGCGUAUGCCAAAGGUCAUUCACUGGGAGGCCACCAGGGCCAUUGCCGACAGCUUGGUGGGUCGCAAAAAGGUGGAGUCUAAGCAUUGA